AUGUUUUUGAUUCAUGUGAUGCUACUUUUACAACUAGGAUUCCAAGUGGCUGUUAAUUCAUUGCUCUUUACAGAUGCUGUGAGUGCUGGAAUCCAGCGUGAGAUUCAGAAUGCAAGACUCCAACAGCCAUUUACUUUAAACUGUACCUACAACUGUUCAAGUGGCUUCGCUCGUGGUUACUGGACAUGGGAAGACACUCCAGCAUGUAGCAAGUGCCAAUGGAAGCAUAAGAGAUCAAAUUUAGGCGACAUGUGCACUGUGAGCUUGUACAUACCUUAUAUAAUUAUGGAGCAAACGCGUUAUAACUAUUCUUGCCUUGCUGAAGAGAGUGACCGUCCGGGCCUUCCUCGUAAAACAGAGCUUCUGGUAACACUGCAAGUUCACGAUGAAUCUGAAGAACAAGUAACACCUCCUAAAGUACUAGCUGAUCCAUCUCUGAGAGUAAAGUUGUAUAGGGGUCAGGCGGAGUCAGAUGAAGUGCUUACAUCAUUAUCUACCAUCGAAGUGAUGGCAGGAAGCUCACUCAAACUUCACUGUGUUGCCCUUGAUAACAAAUACUGUGAGGUGCAGUGGGUCAGAGAAAACAGUACUCUCCCUUUGGACAAAAUAACUGACACCAUAGUACAGUGGAGUGAAAUCAAAGCAGAGGAUAGUGGACGAUACAGGUGCUACACCAAAGGGACCUGCACUGACCAGGCUAUCACUGUGGAAAUAGAGGUCAUCACAUCGGAUGGAUUCGCCUGGGCCAAGAUCUUUGCAGCUUUUGCAGUGUCUGCAGUAGUUAUCCUGAUGGCCCAUCUGGUGUAUUUGUGCUACAGAAAAGGAUGUAAGAUCAUGGAUUCUGCUAACAGAGUCCAUGAAAGGGUUACAUCCAGAAGUGCUGUGGUGAUAAGGCCAAUCGCUCAAGACAGUCAGAGCGACCAUGAAGUCCCUUAUGCUGACAUUGUGAUCUCCGUGAGAGGAUCCAGCAAUCCGGAUCUAUCUGACACCUUUAACCAGACUUCAAAAAACCAAAGACCGAGAUGGAGGGACGAGGCCAGAGCAGGGCUACUGCAUGCUUCAGCUGACAGACUGCACAUCCACUCUAAAGAGGUCACUAGGAAAUUAAGCAUAACGUCUGAAUAUGCUGUAAUUACCUACUCCUGUGAGGCUCUUAAGUUAGUUACUUCAAAAACUGUAUAUCUGAUUAAAAAAUAG